ACGAGCAUUUCUGUGCAACAGAUAGUGCGCAGCUUCUGCUAAACAACGCCGUCGCGCCCACAACACCAUAUUUGGCGAAAUUCUAAAACUUAUAAAGGCAAAACGUUAAACGCAUUAGCUAGUUAACCGCUGAAAUCUACCCCAAACACAGGACUAGAAACAAACUGUAUGAGCUUAGCAACUAAACGGCUGUUAUCAAGUAUGCUCACGUCCAGUAGCUAAUCCACUCGAGGCCUAUUGAUCAAGGAAUCUCAACUUAAUUUACGACGGAAUCAGGCUGAUGGUGCUGGCUGUCCUCAUCAGGUGUCUAAUUUGAAAAAAGGAUGGGUCCACGCAAAAGAGGAGAGAAGAGGAGAAAAGAAAAAAAUCCAAUAAAAAUGGAGGAAACUGAAGACUCAACUGAAUUAGGUGAACCAUCAGAAGACACCACUGAAGAAGUGGUGAAGGAAAAGAAAGUAAAGUCAAAACAAAAAAAGUACAUUGGUGCCCAUGUCUCCAUUGCAGGAGGCAUAUGGAAAGCAGUUGAAGCAAGUGUAGAAAUGGGGGGGCACAGUUUUGGAUUAUUUUUGGGUUCCCAACGCUCUUGGCAAAGGCCUGCCCUUGAUCAGACCGCUGCAGUGAAAUUCCAGCAGGCAUGUGCUCAACACGGCUUUGACCCAACUCACAUUCUGCCCCAUGGAUCUUACCUGAUGAACUGUGGCUCUCCCAAAGAAGAUGUAUUUGGUAAGAGCCAGGCCAUGCUGGUUGAUGAACUCGGGCGCUGCAGUGUUUUGGGCCUCACUCAGUUCAACUUCCACCCUGGGGCCUCCAUAGACUCCAGCAAAGAGCAGUGCAUCGAGAGGAUCGCCCAAGCUAUAAACCAUGCUCACCAGCAAAUACCUGCAGUCUGUACUGUUCUUGAAAAUAUGAGUGGACAGGGAAGCACUGUGGGUGGACAGUUUAAUGAGCUGAAGAGCAUAAUUGACCAUGUUCGAGAUAAGACGCGUGUUGGAGUAUGUCUAGACACAUGCCAUGCAUUCGCAGCAGGUUAUGACAUUUCUUCAGCAGGAGGAGUGAAGUCUGUGCUUGACGAAUUUGACCAAGUGGUUGGACUGCCCUACCUGAGAGCAGUUCAUCUCAAUGACUCAAAAGGUAAAUUGGGCUGCCGUUUGGAUCGCCAUGAGGACAUUGGCCGUGGACAGAUUGGCAUCUCUGCUUUCCGAAACAUUGUGAACGAGCCUCGACUCGACAAUAUCCCUCUCAUUCUUGAGACACCUGGGCGCCCAGGUUUUGAAUAUGAUGAGCAAAUACAGCUCCUGUAUUCUCUCUGUGAGGACUAGAAUGCAUGGGGGCGUCUUCAGUAUAUGAAUAUAAAUAUUUUGUUUUCUGUUUGAUUCUACUCACAUACUGUACAUUUCAUGCAGACAUAUAAUAAACAACUUGGGUUUAAAUAA